AUGAAUGACCACUAAAAUGAUUUAGAAUUAAUUAAGGCUAAAGUAGUCGAUAUUAAUAAUCAUGUAAUAGGUAAGAAAUAAAAAUAAUAAUUAUUUAGACUUCAUUUGUAUUGAUUAAAAAUUAUUAUCUAAAGUAAUUCACUAAGCAACAUAUUUAUUCAUUAUUGAAUAAUAAUCAUUGAGAGUUUUUUGUCACAAACGAUCUUAAUAAAAAUAAUACUAACCUGGAGCUCUUAGCACUUGUUUUACUGGGAUUGUUCUAGAGUCUGAAGAUUAUCGUUAAUGUGCUAAAAGAAAAUUAACUUAAGAAACAGGAUUAGAAUUAGAUUUGACAUAUUUAAACUCUUUCUAUUAUGAAAGUAAACAGAAUAAAAUUUGGGGAUAAAUAUUCUAUACAUUUUAUGAUGGAUAAAUUAUCAAUUUUAUUUAAGACCCAAAAGAAGUUUAAGAGAUUGAAUUGAUGUCAUAUAGAGAGAUUAUUAUACGAGAAUAGAAUGGAGAGAAAUUCAUUCAAGAAAGUAUGCAAGCACUUCAUUUUUUAAAUAAAAGAGUACUUCGUUAAUGA